CCGAAGGCGAAGCAACACCCAUAAAAGGCUCUCCUCGAUCUCAUCCCUCCCCUUCCCUUCCUCUCUACCACCCAUACAAACAACAAACAACCAUGCCCAUGAGCAAUAAAUCAGAACCCUUCAAGGCAGUGGCCCACAUCCCCUUCCCCUCCCACCUAAAACCCGCAGACCCUCAAGGCCCCGACGUCCUCGCCCGCGAACGCUCAAAAGCGACCUUCUCCAUCCCCAAACUUACCGAAUACAUUUACGGUCACGAAUGGCUUGCUCGUCGGGAUAAGAUCUUGGCCAUUUUGGAGGCUGAUCCGAUUAUGGACAAGACACCGAAUUACUACUUGGGGAGGGGGGAGAGGAUUCGGUUAGCGUUGGCGAGGGCGAAGAGGGCGACGCAGUUGGCGAAGGAUUUGGACUGGACGGAUGAGGAGGUUCAGAUGGCUGAUUGGCUUGUUGAUGAGGCUCACCCGUACCACCUUCACAAGUCCAUGUACCUAAUGACCCUCCGCGGGCAAGGUACCCCCGAACAACACGAGAAGUUCCUCAAUCCCUCCGAGAACUACGAAUUGAUCGGCUGCUACGCACAAACCGAACUCGGCCACGGCUCAAACGUCCAAGGCCUCGAAACCACCGCGACCUACGACCCUAAGACACAGACCUUCGAUCUCCACUCCCCCACCCUCACUUCCUCAAAAUGGUGGAUCGGCUCCCUCGGACGUACGGCGAAUACGGCGGUCGUCAUGGCUCAACUCAUCUCGAAUGGAAAAACCUACGGGCCCCACCCUUUUGUCGUACCCAUCCGCGACCUGAAAACUCACCAACCCCUCCCCGGCGUCCUUGUUGGCGAUAUCGGGCCCAAGUUCGGGUACAACGCGAUCGAUAACGGGUUUUUGCUGUUCGAGCACGUGAAGAUCCCACACUUCAACAUGCUCGCCAAUUUCGCCCGGAUCGACCCCGCCACGGGUGCCUACGAGAAACCACCGAACGACAAGUUGUCGUACGGAACAAUGACCUGGGUCCGUUCCGGGAUCGUGUUGAAUGCGAGACUCGUUACUGCGAGGGCGGCGACGGUCGCGGUGAGGUAUUGUGCGAUUCGGAGGCAGUUUGCGGAUCGGGAUGCGCCAAAGUUCGAGAGGGGACGGGCGGUGGAAACGGCGGUGUUGGAUUACACUACUGUUCAGGUCCGACUUCUUCCCGUUAUUGCUCAGGCGUACGCUCUCCACUUUACCGGGACUGCGAUGAUGAGGUUGUAUGAGUUGAAUGCCAAACGCGCCGCUGGAGGCGAUUUCGCACUCCUUGCCGACCUCCACGCGUCCUCCUCCGGUCUCAAAUCCCUCUGCACGACCAUGGCCGCCGAAUCUAUCGAAGUCUGCCGUCGCGCUUGUGGAGGCCACGGAUUCAGUAUGUUCUCCGGACUCGGAACUUUCUACCAAGACUACCUCCCCAACGUCACCUACGAAGGCGACAACUACAUGCUCACGCAACAAGUCGCCCGCUACCUCCUCAAAAUCGCACGUGAAGUCAAGGAGAAAGGUGGGAAGAUCAAGUAUGCGAACAAGAACCCCACGAUCGAGUAUUUGCUCGCGUAUCAGCAGGACAAGAAUGCGAAGUGUCCAGUGGAGAGUGAGGGUGAUUGGAGGGAUGCGGAGAUGUUGGUGAGGGCGUUUGGACACCGUGCGGCGUAUUUGGUGGAGGAUAUCUUGCAUAAGAGAGAUGAGCUGAAUAUGUCCUGGAACUCGCUUCUUGUGGAUUUCUACCGCGCGAGUGUCGCGCACUGUCAGUUCAUCCUCAUCAAGACUUUUGCAGACGCACUCGAGGCAGGUGAUCUGGAGAGCAACGGCCGCAAAGGCAUGGGGGCUGUUAUGCGUGAAUGCUGUUACCUCUUCGGCGUGGACACCAUGCUCCGCGAAGCUUCGGAAUUCCUCGCGUCAGGAUACCUCUCCCCUCACCAAUUCUCCCUCCUCCGCACAUCGCAGAUGUCACUCCUCAUCUCGCUCCGACCGAACGCUGUCCCCCUCGUUGACGCCUUCGAUUUCCCCGAUUAUUUGUUGCAGAGUUCGUUGGGGAGGGGGGAUGGGAGGGUUUAUGAGGAUAUGGUGAAGAGGGCGGGGAUGGAGCCGUUGAACGGAGUUACUUUUAAUGUGAAUUAUAGGGAUGCGGAGGUUGUCAGGGGGGAGGGUGAGGUGGAGAGGUUGAGGGAGAGUAUGGGAAGGGUUGGGAAGGCGAAGAUUUGAGGAUGGUCAAAGUAUGGAAAAGUGUACGUUAUGAGGUUUGUUAUGCACCCCUGUCUUGGUAUUGGUUUGAGUACGAUAGUAUGAUAUCCUUGUGAAUGAAAUGCUCUUUAACUUC